UGUUGCGCACAAGAAGUCGAUCACAAGAUUGUGAUAAAAUACGCUGAUUAGUUGAACUAAUUCCUGUCAUCAAGGAAAUUAUAUUAAACCUUUCUAUGAAAGUCUGAAAACGAAAGUGUUACAUUUUGUCUUGUGUAUCUAGCAUGACACAGACUUAUUAUACUCAUUCUGCCAAACUAACCAGUGAGAGUGCCUUGGUGUUUUGCUGUCGUGUCAAUAUACGGACUCCGGUGACAACAACAGCGAGCACAUUCAGCCACUACUCAUCAUUACUCAGCAUAUUCUCUGAAGUGGAAGGAUUUCCUUAUCUAUGGCCUCACUCAUCCUCCCAAGGCAUUCAAGGACAAGCAACAGUCCAUAGGAUGAACCAACAAGCAACAAGUUUAGAGGACAGCUGUAACCCAAGAACUUCAGACAUGGUUCACAAGAAUGAAUGGUGAAUCAAAACUAGGAUUAACUGAAGAAUGGCAAGGUUUAGACAAAAAUCUUGCAUUACAUUUAUUGGUUUGGUGUUACUCCUACUCAUAAUAACCAUAUUUCUUAAGUCCUUUGUGCCAGAAGGUUCUCCAUUUGGACAUCCAUUUAGUUUUGAAUUGUUCUCUAGUAUCAAGGGACCUAGAAAAAAUGAAAUUGUUUUCAAUAAAACGGCACUGAUUAAAGAAAAGUACCCAUACUCCAAGGGGAUCAAGAACAUGGAGGAUAACUUCUGGCAAUAUCCUGUUCCAAACUACAAUGUGCAUGCCUUUUACUACACAUGGUAUGGCAACACGCACUUUGAUGGAAAGUACAUUCACUGGGACCACCCUCUUCUUCCACACUGGGACUCAAAGGUUGCAGCAAGAUAUCCGAAGGGGAAACACAGCCCACCAGAUGACAUUGGGGCCAACUUCUAUCCUGCUUUAGGAGCUUAUAGUUCCAGGGAUCCCUCUGUUAUUGAAUCUCACAUGAAGCAACUGCGAAAGGCAGCAAUUGGUGUUCUUGCAGUUUCCUGGUAUCCACCAGGCAUGAAUGAUGAAAAUGGGGAGCCAACAGAUGACAUUGUGCCUUCAAUACUGGAAGUGGCACAUAAAUAUGAUGUAAAGGUUGCUUUUCACAUUGAACCAUAUAAAGGAAGAGAUGAAACAAGUAUGUUAAACAAUGUCAAGUACAUCAUAGAGCAAUAUGGUGAGCACCCUGCAUUCUACAGACAUACAACAAACACUGGCAAGUUUCUUCCAGUUUUUUACGUGUACGAUUCCUAUCUACUCAAGUCGGAACAGUGGGCAAAACUCCUGAAACACACCGAAGGCAGUAGUGUUAGAGAUACUCCCUAUGAUGGCAUCUUCAUAGCCCUUCUUGUUGAAGAGAAACACAAAAGAGAUAUCAUCACUGGAGGUUUCGACGGAGUCUACACCUACUUUGCUACAAAUGGGUUUUCAUAUGGCUCCACCCACCGCAAAUGGAAGUCCAUUAAAACAUUCUGUGAAGACAACAACCUCUUGUUCAUUCCAAGUGUGGGGCCAGGUUAUGUUGACACCAGUAUUAGGCCUUGGAAUUUUAAGAAUACACGGAACCGCAAUAAUGGGAGAUACUAUGAAAUGGCAUUUAGGUCGGCCUUAGAAGCAGAUGCAGAUAUUGUGUCUAUAACAUCAUUUAAUGAAUGGCAUGAGGGAACCCAGAUUGAGAUGGCCAUUCCAAAAACAAGCCAGACUGUGUACCUGGACUACUUACCCCACAAGCCUGUUGUUUAUUUAGAGAUAACUCGCAAAUGGGCGACAGUAUUUAGCCGUGAAAGGAAGAGAUGGCCAGAAUGAGCCAAAAGAAAAAUGCCUAAGUACUUUGCACAUACUGCAUGAUAUUGUGGAGUUUACAGUGUGACCGAAUAAUUUACUUUUUAAUCCUGUGUAGUAACAUUAAAAUUGUUUAACAGAAUAAUAAAUAAAAAAGUUGCUUUA